AUUGUUGUUUUGAACUGCGGUUGAAGUUUAUGGUUGUGGAUAAAGCAACCAUUUUGUAUGAAAACUAACCUGUAGUUACAAAUCACUGCCAUAUGUUUCGUGUUUUAAUCUUUAUAUUUAAAGUACAAUUUUCAAUGACAUUCAAAUAGCUAUGUAUUGACGGAAGUCAAGGAAGCUGUGUUAACCUUUUUUAUACUGUAAAUUAACGCGUCGUAAGUUAACUUGGCAUGUAAUGUUUCUUUAAAAAAGUUAAUAUUUAGGCUUAACAAGUAUAAAGGCAAACUCCAUAUUGGAGGUCAAACAAUUGGAACACAGUUGAAGUUCAGCGUUGAAAUCUAAAAGAAAUACAACAGGUAUUUUGAGUGAUCAGAUCUUGAACAUAAAGUAGUUAAGUUUUGUUGAAGCAUGUUUACUAUUUCAAGAUGAAAAGAUAGCAAGAAACCCAGUGUUUCAUCGUGCUAGUUGUUUGUGGAAGAAAUCCAUCACACCUACAUUCCUUUUCAAGCUCAAGAACUUCAAGUCACAUCCUCAUGUAGAAGUUAACCAUUUCUAACCAGUUGUUGGUUGUGGCCUAAUCUCUUGCAAGUCUGGUGAAUUUUAAAAAACAUUACAGCUGUUGACAGACGUGUGUUUGUAAAUAUUUCCAGUAUUGAUUCACAGAUAUAGGUUUACUACUGGAAACCCAGGAGUGCCUACCAUGGUCAUCCUGGGACAGGUCAACUGAUGGCAAGUAACAACGCUCCUACUCAUGAUUUUGCGCCAGCGUGGCUGAAGAUACCACUUGUUGAAAAUACUAGACCACUAGGAAGUGAUAGUGAACGUGAAGGACACAUCAGUAGACGAGAAGAACAUCGAGCAUCUUACGGACGACGACCCAGAGAAAGUGAUCAGCCAAGACUUCACGAGACUGGCAGAGACCAAGAAGGAAAAAGAAAAUCAUACUUUCUCCCCCGCCACCAUCCAGUAGAUAGUGACGACGAUACUCAACACUAUUUUAACUCAAGACAGUUUGGCUCUGGCAGCUCUGUAUCUCAUUCAGCCCAGUCUCAACCAUCAGUCCUUCGCCGUCCUCAUAGCAGGCAUGAUUUCAGAGACCCAUCUUAUCAUUCCAAGUAUGGAUUUUCUCACCAUGGAGAGUCUGCUGAAGGGUUUGGAAAUGUUAAGGCCAAAAGCAAGCAGUUAGUCUCUUCAUCAGGACCUAACAUGGAGGCAGUCAAUGGAAAGGGAAAAGGGGUGUCUGGCAAUAACUUUCAUCAAGAGUUUCCAUCAUUACAUGGAGAGUCAGCCGAUGUUUUGUCUACCCAGCCACCACAAGUCAAUGGUGGAGUCUGGAAAAAUCCACGGAAUGCUAAAGUACAUGGAACGAUUAUCAGCAAGAAGAUACACUUGGUUCAGAGGCCUAUUAAAACUGACUUAGGAGUUGAAACACAAAGCACGAGUCCAUCUGGUGUUUCCACUCUUCCGGGGAACACAGCAAAUAGUCUUAAGCCUAAUUCUCUUGGAUCUGUAGUGAGUCAAGGGAGCAAAACUAAUGAUUCAACCCAAGCAAGGUGUUCAUUGUUCAAACCCCUUGUCCCUGCAGCUAAGCAAACGUCACAGGUGAAAAAACCAAACAGAGAUGGUGUUAGACUCUCUUCAAAAGAACCAAUGACCAAUGGCCUAGGUAUCACCAGGUCAAGUAGUGCAACCAGUACAUCCCAACCGUUGUCAAACUCUGGUAGCAGAUCUAAAUCAACUCCAACUCCCCCACCACACAUGGAAAUUCUGAUCAAGAACCCGAAGACUCGAGGUAACAAAGGUGAAUUUUUGAAGGCUUUACAGAGUGAAGAAGGUGGUAGGAAUGAGCUGUAUCAGAAGAACGAUAACCACCAGAAAAGAAGUGAUGAAGAUUUCUCACAGGUGAUUCUAGAUAAACUCCAUGAUGACAGAGAAACUUGUGUAAAUGGAAUCAAUAUAGAAAAAGUAUCAUUUAGGGAUGAAGAAGAGUCUGAAGAUGUUAAUAUAUUGUCAAGUUCCCUGGAGGCUGAGGAAAGGCUUCUCCGAGAGAUGGGCUGGAAGGAAGAGUGUUUGGACGAUGAUGAUUACGCACCACUGACGGAAGAAGAGCUUCAAGAAUUUCACGACUUGACUCAAAAGCUUCAAGUCAAUGAGAGAAAAAAUGGUAUCCAACGAAACUUCCAUCUGAACUGGAGUCCCAAGCGUGUCCCUGCAAUGGCAAAUGUUGUUCUUCCGGUUGAUGCAGACUGGUCCAGUUCAUCAGAUUCUGACUCUGAUUGAUCUUACUUCUCAUGCUACAACGUCUGAUUUAUUACGUUUGUGCUUAUAUUUUUGGUUCCCUGUUUUUGAGUUGUGUUGUAGAAGGGGGACGUAAGUCUUUCAUUGUGAUACUUUUUAUCAGGAGUUUGUGUGCCCGCUUUGCAGCAAAGUUCCAGUUGUAAGGCUUAGCAAAAGAAGAUAUUGCUUACUUAAGUUUUCAAUACUGUAUUAAUUGUAAACUGUUACUUCCUGUUUGUUUGUUUUUUAAAUCUUUUGAAACUGUUUCUCGUAUAUGAAGAAUUAAAGAUUAAACAAACUUAAAACGACAAAUGUAUGAUAAAGGUUUUGAUACAUAUCGUUUGUGAAAGAGUCAAAACGAUGGACAUUGUGGAUGCAAGAACUAAUUUAUGUAUAUAAGAUGCAUAAUGGGAAAUAUUGUCCUAAUAUGUGAAGUUACACAUAACCAUAUUUCUGACAGGCAUCCAGUUACUGUUCAUUUAGUGUGUUUUUUUCAUUAUUCAUUGUCCUAUAGCAGGCUUCCCUUCAAAAGCUUGCCUGUGUUAAUGAUUAAAAAAAAACUUGUCUUUUUCUUGUCUUUUUGACACAGAUCUUGUACAGAGUAGGUUUACUUCAUAUAACAUUUCUUACCUACAAGAGACAAAGGUUUUUGUUUUGUUUUCGUUUUUGUCUCUGUAGUCUGAAGGAAAAUAAAGAGCAUGGUUUUGUUA